AGGCUUAUUUUCAGGGCAGAAUUAAAACAGAUGCGUUCUUGGAUAUUUCCUUUAGCGUGUCACGACAAGUCAGCAGGACACUAUCGAAUUCCUGAUGCAGAUUCCCGGCGUACAAGCGAAGCGACGUUGAAACAGUGGACGGCGGUAGUGGACGGAUCCAACAGCACUAACGUUGCAGUUCGUUACCCUGCGUGGAGCUGGCGUAACUGGAAGUCGCUCAUAGACGAACACUUCAAUGCGCUACCUGGUAUACGGAAAUAUCAGUACUUCCGAAUGUCGUCUGCAACCCACGGCGUAGUCAUGGUGAAGACAUCUAGCGACGGUGAAGAAACCUCCUUUUGUUUGCUGAAGAACAAAUUUUUUCGCUUCACGAACACCGAUCGCCAAGUGCCGAUACUUGCCGCUGGAUUAUCUGCAGCACGGCGUGACAACGUGCGCUCUAUAUUGUCAGCUCGGGUCGCAUUGGCUUUCCGUGUUAGACAGCAUGUGGCAUUUGUAUUGUUGCUAAAAUGUUUCGUUUAA